AUGGCAUCCUCAUUACAAAACUAUGUUAUUGCUCUCUUACUCUUAGCCACAAUUCAAUUCAAAACCAGUUCUAGCUCUUCUCAUCAUCACCACAAUCACCUAAAAUCCCUUCACUUUUCACUUUACCAACACGAGACAAUAAACAAAACAGGUUACAUCAUAGUGAAUGGUGUACAAGAAUCUGCAGGAGUCACCCAAACAACAACACCUUUUGGAACAUUAUUUGUGUUUCAAGAUCCUUUAACUCUAACCUCAAAUAGAUCCUCCAAACUAGUUGGAAUUGCUGAAGGUACUUCUAUCACCUCUAGUCUUGACGGCCUUCGAAGCAUUUCGAUUGCGAAGCUAACUAUUCGUUGGAAAGAUCAUAAGGGUUCGGUUUCUAUUGUGGGGGGUACAAACAAUGUUAAAGCUUCGGAUCAUCCUAUUGUUGGAGGAACAGAAGAUUUCAUGUUUGUUCAAGGAUAUGUUACCUCUUCACCUGUUGAUCUUACUGGUAUCACUGUUGUUUAUAAGAUCGAGUUUCAUAUUUAUUGGCCUCCAUAUGCAACUCAUUCUUCAUAA